UGACAGGUUGCCAUGUAGAGUUGACAGGUUGCCAUGAUGAGUUGACAGGUUGCCAUGUUGAGUUGACAGGUUGCCAUGUUGAGUUGACAGGUUGCCAUGUUGAGUUGACAGGUUGCCAUGUUGAGUUGACAGGUUGCCAUGUUGAGUUGACAGGUUGCCAUGUUGGGGCUCUAUAGGCAUGCAGCAGCCUGAUUGGACUCUUUGUGAUGACAUCACGUCUUCAUGGAAAUGCGGCUCGUUGUUUCCACUUUGAGUGACGCUGAUUGCAUUUCAACAGCAAUUUCAGCAACUCCAUGAACUCUGUGGCGUUGCAACAGAGCGUCUUCCAAAUAUAAUUACUAUUUCAGUUUUCAUGGAUCUGCAAUCGAUCCUGACUUAAAAAGACGAUGGAUUGUAAAGAUCCGCUGCGCCAAAUUCCGUCUGCAGGCGAAACUGCUGCUGGGGGAAGAAGGUAGAUCAAGUGGCGUCCUGGUUUUAUGUGAACGUCUCAGCCUGAAAGAGCCAGCGAGCAGAACCUGUUGCUCUGUCCCAGAACUGUCCGGCCUGGACGCGGCAACGCAUGAAAACGAGAAAUGAAAAGAAAUUCAAGCCCCAGCAGAUCCAGGAACUGAAAACCCACAGGGUCUGAUGACGACCUUCCAUUUCACACAAGGUGAAAUCGUUCACCUGAGCGCCGCUCUCUGACCUCCUGACCUGCUCCUCAUUGCCAUGGCGACCACGCUGGAGACGACGCUGCUGGAGCCGCGGUCCGGCUGGCCGGACGUCCAGCAGGACGCCCAGCAGGACGCCUGCCUGGACCCCGGGGGCCGCUACUCGGUGGUCCCCUCUGUGGUCUGCUCCAUGUGCUGCCUCUUCGGCAUCAUCUACUGCUUCUUCGGUUACCGCUGCUUCAAGGCGGUGAUGUUCCUGACGGGCCUGAUGUUCGGUUCCGUGGUCAUCUUCAUGCUGUGCUACAAGGAGCGCGUCCUGGACACCCAGCUGAGCGUGGAGGCCUCGGUGGGCAUCGGGCUGGGCGUCGGCACGCUGUGCGGCCUGGUCACCAUGCUGGUGCGCAGCGUGGGGCUGUUCAUGGUGGGGCUGCUGCUGGGGCUGCUGGUGGGCGUGGCCACCCUGGUGGGUAUGGCGGAGCUGUCCCAGGCCCCGUCGCGCUCCGUCUGGGUGCCGCUGGGCGUGCUGCUGGGCCUCGGCAUGCUGUUCGCCGUGCUGACGCUGCAGUGGCAGCGCCUCUUCACCACGCUGUCCACCGCUGCGUUCGGCGCCGCCGUCAUCACCGUGGCCCUGGACUACUUCCUGGAGCUGUUUGCGCUGCUGCUCUACAUCUACGAGCGGAUCAAGGUGGAGCCGGGGAAGCCGGUGUGUUGGAUGACCUGGCUGGUGCUGGGGGUGUGGCCGUCCCUCACCCUGCUGGGGGUCAUAGUUCAGUGGAAGGUAACCGCCGAGGGAUACUCCCACACCAAAGUGAUCAUCAGCCGCCAGCAGCGAAGGAUGCAGGUGAUGCGGAUUCGUCAACGAGACGACCGCUACCGCAACAAGAAGAAGAAGAAGCAGCAACAUGGCUCUUCCCACCACAACCAGGCCAAGCAGCUCAACACCGAGCCCGCCUACCGCCGCAAGCCCAACCCCAUCCGCCGCUACGACACCGACGUCCUGUCGCCGAGUUACAUCCAGAGUUUCCGGGACCGGCAGGUUCAGGCGCAGCCCUUCCCUGGCCGGCUGGUAGGAGGCGCUCACGCUGUGGUGGAGAUGGGCUACGACUGCAGCUCCACGACGCCCCUCACCGGGGCCGCGGGGCCGCCUCUCCGGGCCUGACCUCUGAUCCCUCACAGGCCUGAUCAGGAGGAACGGCCUACAGCCACCGACCACCGGAUUGACAGGCAACCUCCUGGUGUUGACCUCUGACCCGGCAGGGACAAUCUGCAAAGUCUUGACAGAUGAGCUGGGCUUGCUGUAGCUAAGGAGCUAAGCUAGCCACUGACUUUGUGAUGCAUGCAGACGAUAAACACACACACACACACACACCACGACUCCAACCCUGAAGGAACCCAGUGACCCGGUUGUGAGCUUUCUGUCUCCAUCUUCAGACAUCAACUCCAGUGGUUCCACUGUGAACCCAGCUCAGGUUCUAACACCAGAUUGGUCAAAGAUCCGGGUCACCAUCCAUCUCUGGGUCACCAUUCAACUUGUCCAUUAGUUCUGCAGAAGCAACCGGCUCAAACAAAUCAUUGAGCUUGACCAGGAAAGAACAGCUCAACACCGACUGAACGUGUUUUCUUUGUGCAAUCUGGACCACGAUGACCUUCUGUGAAACCAGAAGAGACAUUUUCUGUGUAAUGGAGGGGACUCCCUUGGACUCCCCUGGUCUCCCUUGGACUUUCUUGGACUCCCUUGGUCUCCCCUGGUCUCCCUUGGUCUCCCUUGGUUUCCCUUUGACUCCCCUGGUCUCCUUUGGACUUUCUUGGACUCUCUUGGUCUCCCCUGGUCUCCCUUGGACUCUCUUGGUCUCCCCUGGUGCUGGACAGAACUCUGCUGUCGUGUCAAACUGCCUCGCCUCUCCUUGGACUGCCAGGUCAGCCAACCCAAUUGCUCAGUUGGACGCUUCUCUUUGGUACCCAUUGCAAUACCAAACCGGGUUUAGUUGUUUCCCACAGAGAGUGUUCUGUUUACACCGGUACCUCCCUAACACCUGGAAACUGGUUUCAGAAACCCGUUUGGUGUGGGACCAGCGCCGCCUCAAACAGCUGAAGUUCCUCUAAAAACAUGUUUAUCUUUUUGUUUCAUCAUGCAAACACCAAACUCACCUCAACAUCCAUUCAGACGUCAAGUGGAACCGUCUUAGCGGAAGCUAAAGUCUGAACUGGAUUUUAGAAAAAACAUCUUGAGUACUGAACUGCUAACACUGCAGCAUCUAGCAUGGCAGCCAUUUUGAAUGUUGGAGCUAUUUACUUUUUACAUUAAAAGAUUGAGUUGAAAUUGAUUCAUGUAAACAAAACUUUUACACAGAUUCCAAAACUUUAUUUCACUGAAAGUUUACCGGCCACAUAAACUAAUGUGUAAUGUAGCACAAUGCUAAUGUGCUACAUUACACAUUAGUUUGUCCAAUUAGCCCAUGAACAUAGAUAUAUCUGUGUGUACCUUCUGCUAAUAAGAAGCUAACAUAAAGCUAGCGUUAGCCUCUUUGGUUCUGAUCCAGCCUGAGGUGCCGGUGUGAA